GUUAUAUCCGAGCGAAGAUUAAAUUACAGGUAACUCCCGAGGACUAUUAGUGGACUAAUAUUCUAUAAAUAUUCUUAUUGUAAAACUAUUCAAUCAUUAGAUUAUGUAUAUUUAUAUCCCUCUUAUUAUAAGCUUUAUUUUGAUCUAUAAUUUAUUAUUGUACGAUUUACGGUUCUUAAACUAUGUUCAGUCUAUUAAUUACUGUCCCCCGCGUUCACAGCCACUUUUGGCUUAUUUGCGUACAUAUGUUAUUUUCUAAUUUAUGGUGUGUUGUGGUCUGUCUGUUUGAUAUAUAAACCGAGUAUGUUUGAAAUAAACGAUCUGCCCUAAUUCGAAGCUGGUAUUGUAUUCUGGACUCAAGUGGAAGGGCUCGUAGUACAUAGGACCAACAAGGACGCUAGACUGCCCACACCGGUUGAACGUCAUUGGUUGGCCUAGUGUGAAGUUCGCAUAAGUCGUAUCCGGAUUGGUAGAUAGGUCGCGUGAUAGCGAAACCAGACAUACCCAAGGUCAUAAUAAUUGGCGACGGGGAUUUUGGAAAAAAAUACAGGUGGUGACUCAGAUUUUGAAAAUAAAUUAGCUGUUAUAAUUGCCGGUGAUUUGUUUGGAAUUAAUAUUAUUAUUAGCAGUGAGAAGAAAAAUGGCAAAUUCUUCAGAACAGUUGCAGUUAUUAAUACAGCAGCAGCAUCAAAUGUUAGCUUCGCAACAAAAACUAUUGGAAGCACUUUUGGGAAAACUAUCUAUCCAACAAGAGAUUCCAGAACAUAAAAGUAUCGAGUCAUACCUUAAUCCAGUUUCAGAAUUUAUAUUUGAUGCAGACAAUGGUCGCACUUUCGAAGCAUGGUUUGGCAGAAUUGAAGAUAUUUUCCGAGUUGAAUUUGCUGCGAUAGAUGACGCAAAGAAAGUCCGUCUGCUAUUACAGAAACUUGGUCCUAAUGAGCAUCAAAAGUAUAAAAACCAUAUCCUGCCUAGACAUCCGCGAGAAGUUAAUUUCGAUGAAACUGUUAACAUCCUAAAUAAAAUGUUUUGUGAACAGUCGUCUUUAUUCCGUAUCCGGUAUAACUGUCUACAGCUGACUAAAGAGGCUGAUGAAGAUUAUACUACGUACGCCGGAAGAGUAAAUUUACAAGCAGAACGAUUUAAAUUAAAUGUGUUAACCAGUGAUCAAUUUAAAUGCUUAUUAUUUAUUUCUGGUCUGAACUCUCCUGUUGAUGCUGAUUUUCGCAUGAAGUUGUUAUCUCGUAUGGAACAUGAUGAUGAAAUGACGUUACAAACUAUCACCACUGAAUGCCAACGAUUAAUUAACUUAAAACAAGAUACAGCUAUGCUGGAAACCAAAAGUGCUGCACCAUCUAAUUCUGUGCAUGCUGUUAAAACAGGUCAAAGACAAAAUACUACCAAAAGUCAUAAAUAUUACUCGAAAACUCCUAAACCUGCAACUAAAUGUUGGUAUUGUGGUGCGUGGCAUUUCUCAAGAUUUUGCCGGUUUAGAAAUCAUAGAUGCACUAUAUGCAAUAAAGUUGGCCACAAAGAGAUAGUCUGCCGAACUAGAGAAAGUUUGAGAUCAAAACGAACCAGACGUCCGCAUCAGUACCAAAGUAAGUAUAUAAACAGCGUAUAUUCUACAUUGGCUCUAAGCGUAGCGGAUAAAAGAAGAUAUGUGGAGUUAAUUGUUAAUGGUGUUCAUAUUCAAUUGCAAUUGGACACAGCGUCAGAUAUCACACUAAUCUCGAAACGAACGUGGUAUUUAAUUGGGUGUCCGAAAGUAUUACCAACAGAGCACACUGCACGGAAUGCGUCCGGAGAUAUAUUAAAACUUGUGGGAAUGAUAAAAUGUUCUGUUAAAUUCCGAGAUAAUUACUUUACAGGAAAUUGUUACUUAACGAACAGACAUGAGUUAGACCUUAUUGGUAUAGACUGGAUAGAUAAACUGAAUUUAUGGGAUGUACCAUUAAAUGAAAUAUGCACAAUGAAAAGCACAAAUAAUCCUAGAAAUCCCUUUAUACCAGAAGGAGAACGUAAUAUUAGUAACGUGUCCAGCUCAGAGCAAGGAAAUAUUGUGCUAAAUGCACAUGAAGUUGUGACGAUACCAAAUGAUCAAGAGCCAGACCCUGUAGAUGAAGCCCGGAGUCCAGAAUUGAAUGAAGCACUACUGGUCCUGUCUAGCUCUGAAAAUGAAUUUCAGCUAGAACAAAAUUAUGGUCCACGUGAUAUUAGCCGAGAAAGUUAUGGGGACUCGUAUUCAGAAAGUAACUGCAGUGACACGAUGAACCCAAUUAUACCGAAUGUUACUCAAAAUCAUUGUGAGACAGAAAUUUAUAUUGAAUCAGCUUAUCCGAUAUCUAAUGACAAGGUAGCAGAUAUGGGUUCUCAGAAUAAUGCAUGUAAUUUUGAUGAAAUUUUUUAUAAAAAUGAGAAAAAAAUAUCGGCUGAGUCAAAUUAUGGUCAAAAGUCUAAUGUAAUUUUGUUAGAUGAUGAUUUCCGUAAUGAUCCAUUAUCCAUUGAUGAAAUUCCUAAUGGAUUUGAAAGUAAUGCUUCAGAAGAAUUAAACUUUGACCUCAAAUCAAAGGUUGUUCAUUAUCAUCUAGUCGUUUCUAGUGGAUCCGACAUUCAAUGCGAGAAACGUCGUUUAAAUAAUGUCCUAUUAUUUGUAACUUGGAGAUAUAAGGACCCAACAUUAUUUCGAGGAGGAGGAGAAUGUUGGAGAAUUCAAAGUUACAAAAAAAAAAUUCUUUAUUUUUAAAUCCGAAUCUAAACUUGGAAUCUUUGAAAAAAAAAGGGGAGGUGUUAUAUCCGAGCGAAGAUUAAAUUACAGGUAACUCCCGAGGACUAUUAGUGGACUAAUAUUCUAUAAAUAUUCUUAUUGUAAAACUAUUCAAUCAUUAGAUUAUGUAUAUUUAUAUCCCUCUUAUUAUAAGCUUUAUUUUGAUCUAUAAUUUAUUAUUGUACGAUUUACGGUUCUUAAACUAUGUUCAGUCUAUUAAUUACUGUCCCCCGCGUUCACAGCCACUUUUGGCUUAUUUGUGUACAUAUGUUAUUUUCUAAUUUAUGGUGUGUUGUGGUCUGUCUGUUUGAUAUAUAAACCGAGUAUGUUUGAAAUAAACGAUCUGCCCUAAUUCGAAGCUGGUAUUGUAUUCUGGACUCAAGUGGAAGGGCUCGUAGUACAUAGGACCAACAAGGACGCUAGACUGCCCACACCGGUUGAACGUCAUUGGUUGGCCUAGUGUGAAGUUCGCAUAAGUCGUAUCCGGAUUGGUAGAUAGGUCGCGUGAUAGCGAAACCAGACAUACCCAAGGUCAUAACAAUGACUACGACACCGCUGAGGCAUGUAAUUCGAGAGCAUCCUUCCAGUUAGUAGGUAACAUACCGAGGUGAACUGACAUAUUGAAUAUCGCAGUGAGUCGGCUUGCAAUAUAUUGUGCAAUUUGUCUCAGGAUGUUGAGUUGCAUUUGAUUAAGUCCUAUUGACUUCUCGAUGUCUUAGGUUCCAACAACCAUUAAGUACAUCAUGUUUCUCAAUGUUCGCGUUGAGAAUUCGGCUCUUAGAAUUUGUAUUUUAGUCUAGUUGUUCGUCUGGAUGAGGAUCCUGAGUGGAAAAUGCACCGAAAUAGUUUUCUGUACCCACUGCUUCUUUAUGAUCAUCCUCUGUUAUUUCAAACCCACCGCCUUCCGUAAUUUGGUUGAGUAUCGAAUUUUGCAUCAUUCAUGUCUCAGUAAACUUUUGUUAUCGCACCUGAUCCAAGGAUGGUUGUGCACCUUCUUCCUUGAGACUAACCAGGGUAUAUACUUUCGACUUACCCAAUUGCAUUACUGCCACAAAUAAGGUCAUAUCUUGUCUUCUGAUGUCUCUGGGACAUACAUCAAGGUUACAGACGAUGCUGCAGAUUUGAUAACCUACAUGUCUCCCUUCCAUAUAUUAAGACUGGCCGACGAAACUAAGGUUAAAAUAAACUAAUGUGAAAUAAAAUGGCAAAUGGCUACAGUGGUAAUACAAAGCUUAACCAAGACCUUCCUUGAAUCCACAGACAUUAUAUAUGUUUUCACUUUAUUUUCUCUUCAGAAAGGAGCAAUCAUUUGUCAGAUGAAAAUUUCAUUCAUCUUUAUUGCUAGUGAG